CCUCCGCUUCCGCCCGCUUAGGGCUUUUAGGGUUCUCAUUCUCCCUCUUCCUUGGUUUGCAAGAAUGCCCUGAAGCCAUCGCACCUGUCCGCUCUCGCUUCCCCCUUUCUGUGUGUCCAAGAUUUGACCGCCACCGAUGGCCGAGGCGUCGCCUCGUCUCAUCCGCCUCGAGGAGGAGAUCGAAGGCGAUCACGGAGCCACCGCCGACUUCGUAUUCUGCCGCCUCGGCGAGCCCGUUUCCCUGAAGCCUGCCGAUUCCGAGUUCGAUCUCCAGGCCCCGCCGGCUCGACCUCUCGCCAUCUCCGAGCGCUUUGGGGCCAUUUUUUUAGCACAUUCCGAAGGGUUUCUGGUGGCGAAGACGAAGGAUGUCAUUGGUUUGGGGAAGGAGAUUAAGGAGAAGGGAAAGACCCCUUGCAUUCAGAACACAAGCGUUGUGGAUGUAAAGAUUGGUAGGGUGUCUCUUCUUGCGCUCUCCAAUGACUCCACGGUGCUCGCUGCUGCUGUUGGCGGUGAAAUUCACUUUUUUUACGUGCCGUCUCUCAUUAAUCAUAAGGAGUGUAAACCAUCCUUUUCAAAUGCACUGAAGAAUUCUGGCAUUGUAAAAGACAUAAGGUGGCAAAAGAAUUCUCAAAAGUCUUUCGUUGUUCUUUCAAGUGAUGGCCUACUAUGCCAUGGACGUGUGAAGGAUUCCAUCAAGGAUGUAAUGGAAAAUGUUGAUGCUGUUGAUUGGAGCAUGGAGGGUGACUAUAUUGCUGUUGCUAGGAAGAGUGAUAUAAGAAUCUUUUCAUCUGAUUUCAAAGAACAAAUUUGCAUCACCCUGUCGUUCCAGUCAUGGUCUAAUGAUACUGAAUCUGAAAUUUUCAUAAAAGUGGAUUCCAUUGAAUGGGUUCGUGAUGAUAGUAUAGUUGUUGGAUGUGUUCGAGUUAAUGAAGAUGGUAAUGAGGAAGGUUACUUAAUUCAAGUGAUCAAAAGCAGGGAGCAUAAAUUGACCGAGAAUCUCUGUAAGCCUGUAGUCUUUUCCUUCCCUGAUCUAUUUGAAGGUGUAUUAGAUGAUAUUUUGCCAACUGGAGCUGGGCCUUACUUGCUUCUGAGCUAUUUGGGUCGCUGGGGGCUUCUUCUUGCUUCAAAUAAAAAGAACAUUGAUCAGCAUGUUCUUCUGUUGGCAUACUCGAUGGACGACAACCAAAGGGAGGUGUCAUUGCUGGAGUUUCAAAAUGACAAGUAUAAACCUACAAUUUGUUUAAAAGAAAAUGGUGAUGACAAUCUGAUAUUGGGGUUUGGUGUUGAUAAGAUUUCCGUGUUCGAGAAAGUUAAAGUACAAGUUGGCAUAGAAUCUAGAGAACUUUCACCACUCUGUGUGCUAUACUGUCUUACCUGUGAGGGAAAGCUUAUUAUGUAUCAUGUGGCGAGGGUUUCAGAUCCUUCAGAUCUUCCUCAGUCCUCCCUUCCUCCAACAGAUGUUUUAUUGGAGAAUGAGUUGGCAACCAGUUCAAAUUUGAAGGAUGAUACAGAUGGUUUAAAAUCAAAUAACAAUUUAAAACAGAUAAUUCCUGAAUCUCCUUCUGUUCCUACAGGUGAAGAAUUGAGAAGUGCAAGAAACAAAGAUAUACAUCAGGUUCCAAGUGACAAAAUUCAUACUGGAAAGAGGGAUGAAAGCAAUGAUAAUUCAGUUGUUAGGCCUUCCAUACCACAAACAGCAAAGAUGACUCAGCUAUCCAUGGAGUCUCCAACCAUAAAUGUAACUGCUUCUGUUGGUCAGAGAAAAUCUGGCAUGAUAGAAACUGUCUCUUCAUCAGGAGAGGGUGUCAAUGUCCCUCAUGUGAUACAUAAUCUAUCAAGUGAUGCUUCUGUAACCAUGCAAGCAAAUGCAAAAAAUAUUAUAAAAGGUGGUGAUAAGGUUGAAGUAUCUCCUGGUCCAACUAGAAUUGGAGGAGUUCCAUCUGAUUUACAAUCCAUUGGAGGUAUCAAUGCAAAAGUUUCACCAUUCGCUUCUGGUAGUUCUGCUGUGAGUGGUUCCUUUGGAAAGUCAGAGGCAGGAGUAGGAAGUAAGGCAUCCUUUUCCUCUCAAAAGAGCCUUUCAACUAAUCCUCUAUCUGGCAGUACAUCUUUGAAUUUAACUGGAGUUGGUGGAGGAUCAUCAAACUUGAUGUUUUCUUCAAAUAGAGGUACUCACAGUGUAGCACAUACAACUUCCUUUAAUAAAUCUGCAAAUACUGAGGCAGCCAGUCCUGGGUCUUCUCUGCCGCAAAAAAGUUCUAUUGUAGGCAAAUCAUUAUUUCCUAAGCCACAGACUUUGGUUGAGGAUUUAAGAACUUCAAAGUCAUCACUGAUGUUGGACUCUGAACCAGAACUCUCGAAGCAGUUCUAUAAUGUAAAAGAUAUGACCAAGGAACUCGAUACUUUGUUGUCACUUAUAGAACAGGAAGGUGGAUUCAAGGAUGCUUGCACUGUCUUACAUCAAAACUCAAUUUUGACACUUGAGGACGGCCUGAAAAAUCUCUCUCAGACAUUCAGGAUGUGCAGGAGAAAAGUGGAGGAAGAACUUACGGAGAUUCAAGAGCUUCAAAGGAAGAUGUCUCAAGUAUCAGCUAGGCAAGUUUACAUGGCAGACAUUGUUAAACAAGCUUCAACAGAGCAUUAUUGGGACAUAUGGAACCGGCAGAAGCUGAAUCCUGAAAUUGAACAGAAGCGGCAAAAUAUUUGGAAGGUGUACCAGGAUUUGACAAACCAGCUAAUAGAACUGGAGAGAUAUUUCAAUACUCUUGAGAUUAGCAAGUUUGGUGAGAGUGACAAAAGUACAGGUCGGAGGGCUUUUCAUGGUAACAUGAGGCAAUCAAGGCAUCUCCAGUCUUUGCAUAGUGUAUACAGCACACUAAACUCACAGUUGGCAGCAGCUGAGAAACUAUCUGAUUCUCUAUCGAGACAGAUGGCUCUGCUCCAUAUAAACAAUCCUACAAAGCGGGUUGGCGUAGCAAGGGAAUUAUUUGAAUCAAUUGGUCUUGCUGAUGAAGGCAUCACUCUAAAAUCUCCAGAUGUUAGAAGUCCUUUUCAGAGCCCAGUAUCUGUAAAGAGAAUUACCUCCUCAACAGAUUUUUCCAGUAAGGAGUAUCCCAGGAGAGCUGCAUCAAGUGCUUUGUCAACUAUUGAGCCAGAAACUACGAGGAGGAGGAGAGAUUCUUUUGGGAAGAACUGGGCUAGCUUUGAGCCCCCAAAGACUAUCGUGAAAAGGACAGCUCAUCAAGAACAUGUCAGAGUUAGUGCCAAUAACCCCUUCACCACAGCUAAGAAACAGUUUGAUGCUCAGAUCGAGUCGUUUGCUGUAAUCCAGCAAAAGGCCACUGAGAAACCAGCAUCCUUGACGGAGUCAUUGACUGGUAAGGUUCAGCCAGAGGUGUACCGUGUGAGCAAAGAUAUCCAAGAGAAACCCUCCCAACAGACCUCUAAAUCUCAAUCUAGUACUGUUUUCAGGUGGUCUGGUUCACCUCAACCUUUAGUGUCAAAAUCUCAUCCUACGGAAGAGAUUCGGAACCAUAUGACUGAGACAUCAGUUGCAAUGGCUCCAGCAUCAUCUCUGUUAUCACCUGGAACCUUAGAGUCAAAGUCUAAUCCUAUGAGAGAGAUACGAAAAAGUACUCCUUUGACAUCAGUUGCAAUGUCUCCGACAUCGUCUCUGUUUAACAGUGCUUCAAGUGGUGCAAAAGAGAAUACGGGGAGUGAUGUGGUGACUCACAUAUCAAAUUCAUCUGUAAAAUCUGUUUCGUUCCCCAAAAUGACGCCUAAUGUGCAGAUGGAGGCACCUAACACUGUGGCAACUUCUAUAAAAUUUCCGAGUGGUACAUCAACUCCGAAGAGUAUAUCAAAAGAGGCGAAAACACAAGUAGAGAAGCAACUAAGCUUGAAGACCCUGGGUGAAGGUUUUUCUGGGAAAUUGCAAGGAAGCAUGCAACAGUCUGCUGUUUCUCCCGAAAGCUUAUCUGCGUUGUCGACCAAUAGUAAUGCUCUCUCUUUCUCUACAAUGUUUGGUGUACGAACAGAUAUUAGUCAGUCAAUUACAGGCAAAAAACAGUCGAGUGGAACUGUAUCUGCUCUGACAUCAGACACCAAAGUAUCAAGUUCGCCUACUCCAUUCUCAACAUUUACGUUAUCAACUCCUUCAUCCAUAUCAAAUGCGUCUACAUCGGCUAUGCCAUCCUUACCGAACAUAACAUUAGGAGGACCAUCGCCAGUUCAUGCUAUGACUUCAGCAUCAGGAUCGACCUCAUCUACUGCUCAGUAUUUUGUUCCGUCUUCUAGUGCUUCAGCUUCUCUAUCACAGUCCUGGAGUUCAACGUCUGCUCCGUCACCUUCAGAAAGUUCAGCAUUACAAAGUUCACCAUCAGUUUCAAAUGAGGCCAAUGCAAGAUCUGAGCUAACUCUACAACUGACAAGUUCACCACAACAAGGUACUCCGAAAUUUGAACCAGUUACAUCACAAGCUGUAAAUGUGGGGUUGACCGGAUUAAGCAUGAGAGGAGAACCAAGUUCUCUUACAACUGGUGGCAACAUCAUUCCUGCUGCAUCUAAUUCUCAACCGGGGUUGGGAUCUGUAGUUUCACCUCCCAUGGGCACUGCCACUGUAAACAAUAAUGAACUGGAUGUUAACUCAUCCCAGGAGGAGGAAAUGGAAGAGGAGGCUUCAGAUCCAAGUAACAUGCUCAACUUGGGAGCCCUUGGUGGAUUUGGGCUUGGAUCAGAAUCUACUUCAAGUACACCAAAGCCUAAUCCAUUUGGUGGUUCUUUUGUUACUGCCAACACAAGCAUUUCAACCUCUCCAGUCAUGUUGACAGCAUCCCCAGGGCAGCUUUUCCGGCCUCCAUCAUUGAGCCUCCCAACAGCACAAUCUGUACAACCAACACAGUCAGUUAACUCCAGUGCAUUUUCUGGUGGUAAUACAAGUGGACUUGGUGGCUUUGGACAGCCAUCACAAAUUGGAGCAGGGCAGCAGGCACUUGGAUCAGUUCUUGGUGCUUUUGGGCAAUCGCGACAGCUAGGUGCUGGUGGAUUUGGUGGAGGAUUCCCAACUGUGGCUACAAGUGGAGGAUUUUCUACAGCUACUGGGUUUACUGGAACUGCUGCAGGAGGGGGUUUCGCUGCUCUUGCUUCUCGAGGAGGUGGUUUUGCUGCUGCUGCUGUUUCCAGCAGUAGUGGAUUUACUGGUUUUGGUGCAGGCGGUUUUUCUGCUGCUGCUGUUGCUUCUGGCGGUGGUGGUAGUUUUGGUGGUGGAGGUACUGGAGGGGGCUUUGGUGCUAGUGCUUCUAGCGGCGGUGGUUUUGCUGGUGCAGGUUCUCAAGGUGGUGGCUUUGGAGCAGCUGGUUUUGGGGGUGGCUUCACAUCAGGUGGUUUUGGGGCUUUUAGCAGCAAUCAGGGGGGUGCUUUCUCUGCGUUUGGGGGAAGCAGUGCCACUGGAACUGGAAGACCUCCAUCGGAUCUUUUUACCCAGAUGAGGAGAUAGCUGGCAUUAACGUCUUCUCUCCAGGAAUUAACGUCCUAUGCAAGC